GCUGGCAGUUCAUUGAAUGAUGCUUUUACCUUUUUCAGCCUACACGUUAGCUACAUGGAAGCAGAAAACCAAACAUUUUCAGGAUUCCUCCUGCUGGGCCUCUCAGAGGAUCCUGAACUUCAGCACCUCUUCUUUGGACUCUUCCUGUCCAUGUACCUGGUUAGUGUGCUUGGGAACCUACUCAUCAUCCUGGCCGUCUACUCUGACCCCAACCUCCAUACCCCCAUGUACUUCUUCCUCUCCAACCUAUCGUUUGUUGACAUCUGUUUCAUCACCACCACAGUCCCAAAGAUGCUGGUGAACAUCCAGACAGAGAGCAAAGACAUCUCCUACAUAGGAUGCCUCACUCAGGUGUAUUUCUUCAUGAUUUUUCUUGGGCUUGACACUUUUCUCCUGACCAUUAUGUCCUAUGACCGCUUUGUGGCCAUCUGUCAUCCCCUGCACUACACAAUCUUCAUGAACCCCCAGCUCUGUCUCUUGUUGGUUCUUAUGUCUUGGGUCAUCAUUUUCUGGAUCUCUCUGCUUCAUAUUCUACUGAUGAUGCGGCUGAACUUCUGUAGAAGCACUGAAAUUCCACAUUUCUUCUGUGAACUGGCUCAGAUUAUCAAAUUGGCCUGCUCUGAUACCUUCAUCAAUAACUUCUUUCUGUAUGUGAUGACAGUUCUGGUGGGUGUGUUUCCCUUCACAGGGAUCCUCUUCUCUUACUCUCAGAUUGUCUCCUCCUUAAUGAGGAUGUCCUCUGCUGGGAGCAAGUAUAAGGCAUUUUCUACCUGUGUGUCUCACCUCUCAGUGGUCUCCUUGUUCUAUGGGACAGGCCUUGGGGUCUACCUCAGCUCUGUUGUAACCCAUUCUUUCCAGGAAAGCUCUAUUGCCUCAGCGAUGUACACUGUGGUCACACCCAUGCUGAACCCUUUCAUAUACAGCCUAAGGAAUAAGGAUGUGAAGGGAGCCCUGGGAAGGCUUCUCUGUAGAGCAGGGUCUUUUCCAUGA